GACGCCUGCUCCUUUCCCAACUCGCCGCCGUCUCUCGUCUCGUCUCGUCUUUGCUUUGCUUUGUUCCCAAGAAGAACUCCGGUCCCGGAGCACGAAGCCUUCGAGCGCUCGAGAUACCUGGGCGACGAUUUGAGUAGAGAAAAAGAGUGUGAAUUCCUUGCUUCGGUUCUGCAUCCGCCGCCGCUGGCAAGAUGUUUCUGACGAGGACGGAGUACGACCGCGGGGUGAACACCUUCUCCCCGGAGGGGCGUCUGUUCCAGGUCGAGUACGCCAUUGAGGCCAUCAAGUUGGGAUCAACUGCGAUCGGGUUGAAGACUAAGGAUGGUGUUGUCCUGGCAGUUGAGAAACGUGUGACAUCGCCACUACUGGAACCAAGCAGCGUGGAGAAAAUCAUGGAAAUUGACGAGCAUGUAGGCUGUGCCAUGAGUGGCCUUAUUGCUGAUGCUAGAACACUGGUUGAGCAUGCUCGUGUUGAGACUCAGAAUCAUAGGUUCUCAUAUGGGGAGCCAAUGACAGUAGAAUCUACAACCCAAGCCAUCUGUGACUUGGCUCUGCGCUUUGGUGAAGGUGAUGAAGAGUCAAUGUCACGGCCAUUUGGAGUCUCUCUCCUUAUUGCUGGGCAUGACGAAAAUGGACCCAGCUUGUACUACACGGACCCAUCUGGGACCUUCUGGCAAUGCAACGCCAAGGCAAUCGGAUCUGGCUCUGAAGGAGCUGAUAGCUCGUUACAGGAGCAGUACAACAAGGAGCUGACUCUUGCGGAGGCGGAGACAAUAGCCCUGUCUAUCCUGAAGCAGGUUAUGGAAGAAAAGGUAACCCCGAACAACGUCGACAUUGCAAAGGUCUCCCCCAGCUACCACCUAUACACCCCAGCAGAGGUUGAGGCAGUCAUCGCGCGGUUGUGAAGCACUGCCAGUCUUGUUAAUUUUAUAUCAACCUGUAAGGAACAGUAUGAGCUUGUUGAUGUGUCUGCCUGCCCACUGUUGUGAUGGCUCGUGGUACUAGGGCUUAUCGUGUCUGGCAGCCUGAUUCCCAGUCCAGUGAUUUAUUUGUUUCCAGUAGUUCGGCUGAAGAGAAUAUUUGACAUCUAUUUCAAGAUUUGGUUGCAACCUUUGGAAAGUACACAAGUUAACUGCUGAUCCGAAGCAUUGCCAUGACCCAUCAUUGGAA